CCCAAUGGAUUCAAAAGCAAUUUGUGCUUGCUGUGUAAUCUCAUCUCAAUCUUUGUAUCCUUGAUUCCUUUCUUUCUACAUAUUUAGAGAGAGAGAGAAAGAGAGAGAGAGAGAGAGAGAUUUUGAUAUUGCAGAAGCUAGAGUCUUUGUUAAUGGCGUGUUCAUGAUAUUUACAUGGCUCGAACAAUGGUUUCCCAAUGGUUGGGAUUUUUCCGGCACCAAAGCGAGAAAGAGAUGUGGAAGAAGAAAUAAGAAGAAGGCCAUAUUCGUAGAAGAUUGAAGAGAAAAGAUGAAAUCCUUUUGUAGCGAUGAUGACAAUAACACGACGUCAAACCUGUUUGGCUUCUCUCUCUCUCCCGACAUCUUCAAAAUGGGAGAAAAUAACGGCGGAAUUGUUCAUCACCAUAACCAAACACUGUCUUCUACUUCUUCCGUCUCUGCGUCUGUUCUCCCUCAACUCGGUGAUUAUGGUAAUAACAGAAACUAUGGGGAAAUCUAUUCUCAUUUGCCUGUCAUGCCACUCAGGUCUGACGGCUCUCUUUGUUUGAUGGAAGCUUUCAACAGAUCUCAUCAACCCAAUCCAGCUUCAAUGCCCGAAAUGGAGGAUUUUUUCGGUGGAGCAUUGAAAAUGGGGACCCAUCACCAUAACUACAACUCCCACGGCUCCAACGCUCAAGAUUCUCUGAAAAUUUUCCGGGAAUAUCCAAUCUCUCAAGAAAAUCAACGCUAUCCAUUCACCAACUUCCCAGAAAUCAGAAGCCACGAAGAAACCCACGGUUAUUAUCCACAGUCCACCGCUCAAACCCAUCAGCUUCAAGCCGAGAUGAAGAGCUUUGUCUCGAGAAAUUACGAGAAUGACCCUGGUAUCACGCGGUCAGGUUCCGCCGGGAUAGGGGCAUACGGGGAAUUCCAACAGUCGUUGAGCUUGUCCAUGAGCCCUGGUUCUCAGUCGAGUUGCGUAACCAGUUCACGUCAACUCAUCUCAUCUGCUGUCUUGGACAGUGUUGGUUUCGAGACGAAGAAAAGAGGACAAGAAGUCGUCGUUGAGCAGAGACACACUGUUCAUGGAAAAUCCAUUGACACGUUCGGACAGAGAACCUCCCAGUACAGAGGUGUCACAAGACAUAGAUGGACCGGUAGAUACGAAGCUCAUCUUUGGGACAAUAGUUUCAAGAAAGAAGGUCAAAGCAGGAAAGGGAGACAAGUUUACCUCGGUGGUUAUGAUAUGGAGGAGAAAGCUGCACGAGCAUACGACCUUGCUGCACUCAAGUAUUGGGGUCCCUCUACUCACACCAAUUUCCCCGUGGAGAAUUAUGAAAAGGAGAUUGGAGAAAUGAAGAACAUGACUAGGCAAGAGUACGUUGCCCAUUUGAGAAGGAAAAGCAGUGGAUUCUCGAGGGGCGCUUCAAUCUAUAGGGGAGUCACAAGGCAUCACCAACAUGGAAGGUGGCAAGCUCGGAUCGGCAGAGUCGCCGGCAACAAGGAUCUCUAUCUCGGAACUUUCGGUACUCAAGAAGAAGCGGCGGAAGCUUAUGACGUGGCCGCCAUCAAGUUCCGAGGCAAAAACGCCGUUACAAACUUCGACAUGACGAGGUAUGAUGUCGAACGGAUCAUGUCAAGCGACACCCUUUUGUCUGGAGAGCUCGCGAGAAGGAGCAACGUUAACAAAGAAGCUCUGUUCGAGAACAGUCACGGCUCGGAUGUCGUCCUCGAUGGCUCGAGAGACGGAAACUCGGGCCGGGUCUUGAGUUUUCCGGCGGUUUUCCCGAUCUCUCAGGUCGGUCCGAAGAUUUUCGGUUCAAAUGUCGCCGAAAACAUGAGUACUUGGACGAACCCCAAUGACGAAGUCAAGACUGUUGCUCUCUCGUUGCCUCAGAUGCCGGUUUUCUCCGCUUGGUCCGAUUCUUGAUUUGGUUUUCUGGUAUACCAAAGUGGCGGGUUCUCUCCAUUCAACCGGUUCGGUUUAUGGUUCAGGGAGAAAAGGUUCAUGCAGGAAAGAAGAAAUGGUGAUACGGGGAAUCCGGAUUUUUCGGUUUAGUUUUGGUUUACGGAUCGGUAUAAAUAGUUUUCCUUAGAACUUUUGUAUCGGGAUUUUGUAAUAUGCAUGGACUCACCAAACGUAUUGAAUCAAAUCACCAAUCUCCUCGUGA